AUGAUUUUGAGGCAUUCAGGGCGCCUGGUGCGUCGCCUCAACCAACCUGUCAGCUCCUUGAACUUGGCACGACCAGUUGGACCGCAAAUUCGGUAUCUGGGGCCGAGGGGCACAAAUGGCAAUGUUGUCAGCAAGCUACGAUUCUCAUCACAAGCUCACAAAAGAAAAGCAGAAGAAGCACCCGAGUAUAAUGCAGAGGCAGAGGCAGAGACUCAGAAAGGACCCAAGUCCUCCUCCUCCUCAGAGCCUUCACUCCUAGGCAAGAUGGGAGAGGCCGCGGCCACGACCUUUGCUUCCAUAGUGGUGUUGGGUCUGGGCUUUGCUGCAGCGGGCUACAUUUAUCACAAGUUCUACAAGAUGCUCGUCCUCCAAAAGAUGAACCAUGCUUUUGAGCCAGGGGAUCCGGUCCUGGAUUUGGCUGCAAUUGGCAAAGAUGUUCCUCAUCAGCCUGGUGGUUCUGGCGAACAUUGGAUAUACCGCCCAGAGCAGCAGCGUAUUGAUGACAUCGUCAUGGGGCGCGUUGUUGGGCAUUAUUACCUUUUGAUCGGCGACAAGGGGUCUGGUAAGAGCAGCAUGCUUAUUGAUGCCAUGCGAAAGAAUGAGGGUGACGGUGUUGCCAUGUUCGAAGCGCACGCAGACCUGGAGAUCUUCCGUAUUCGGCUUGGCAAGGCCCUCGAUUAUGAGUUUCACGAGGAUUACAUCGGAGGGUACUUCAGCGAGAGGGGUCCCCGCGAAACCACGGCCCUUCUGGACAUUGAGCGUGCUCUCAACAAAUUGGAGAAAGUGGCCAUGCAGAAGCGAAGAGAAAGAGGCAAGCCUUUAGUGGUGAUUGUCAACCAGAUGCACCUCCUUCGCCAUGAUGAUGAUGGUCGAGAUGUCAUUGAACUACUGCAGCAACGGGCUGAACAGUGGGCUGCUGCCAACAUUGUCACUAUGGUUUUCAACUCAGAUGACUACUGGGUGUAUGAGCGCCUCAAACAGCUUGCUACCAGAAUGGAGGUUCUCCCUGUCACUGAUCUACCCAAACAACAAGCUAUUUCGGCUCUCCAGCGAUACCGUCAGAAGUACUGGAAGGAAAGCAUUGACGCCCAAGUUCUCGAAGAAGUUUAUGAAAGGGUCGGAGGGCGGCUGAGCUUUCUCAACCGAGUAGCAAAGAGCAGGGACAUGAUGGGAACUUGCGAAAGGAUCAAGGAAAUUGAAAAGAAGUGGUUCCUCAACCAGUGUUGGAUUCUCGGUCCAGAGAUGGACGACGAUGUCAUGGAUCAACAGAAGUGGGCUGCUGCCGCCAUGUGUUUGGCCAAGGCAUUGGUCGACAAGGAAAAGGAUAUGGAAGAGCAUGAGACCUACGACCCUAUUGUUGGACAUGUGCUUCCGACCUACCCUUUCCACAUCGCUCAGCAAAUAAUGACUCGCUGUGACUUCAUCCGUGAUCUCGAUCGAUUGAACCUCUUCAGCAUCACCAGUGAGGCAGAUGUUCGAGCGAGCAGCGUUCCGAUGCAUCGAGCCUUUAGAGAAAUUUGUGCUCAGCCUGAUUUUGACAAGCACCUGGAGGGCACGAUACAAAGAAUUGCCGAUAUCGAAAGCUUGGGACGUACUCGUGAGCUUGUUGCCAAAGAUCUGGUUCUUGGUGGACAGUAUGAGAUCGAGCAUAACCGCAAGGGUAUUACAGUGAAGCUGAAGGAGGCUGAGAAGGAAGAUGACUGA